AUGGCAACAAGAAACAAAAAGAAGAAGAAGCUCAUCAACUCAAAAUCCAGAAACAUUAUCAACAACAACAUUGACGUGGGAGAGGAUAGGAUUAGUAAAUUGCCUGACUCCAUAAUUCAUCAUAUACUCUCUUCACUUCCAAUCAAAUGUGCUGUUUCCACUACAGUUUUGUCUAAAACAUGGAACAAUCUCUGGGUAUCUAUUCCGGUUUUUGAUUUUCGUGAUUGGCGAUCUAUUACUCAUACCCCAAGAACUGAAAUUACUGUAGAAACCAGUAUCGCAAAAGAGCUCAAGGAGCGCGAGGUUACCGAUAGGUUUAUGGAUUUUUUGGACAGCACAUUGUUUUCUGAUAAUAACAUAUCAACUGUACAGAAAUUCUAUCUCAAUUGUAACACUGCAGGCUUUGAUGCAAACCGAGUGAGGGAAUGGCUUACUGCAUUAAUAAAACGGAAUGUUGAAGAUCUUAUUCUUACCGUGAUUUGCCAGAAAACCAAUAUGGUUCCCCUAAACCUUUUCACUUGUGAAUCACUGACAGUGUUGGAUUUUAAUUUUCAAACCCAACAUACUCUUGAAUUCCCACAGUCAGUUUAUUUACCAAAACUUAAGGUACUUCGGCUUUCAUGUGUUUUAUUUGACAAUGUGGCAUCGACACAACAAUUCUUUUCCAACUGUCCUGUUCUUGAAGAAUUGGUUUUGUGCAAAUGUAAUCGGAUGGAUAUGGAGUCAGAUGUCAUAUCUUUUUCAGCUCCUCGACUCAAAUUCCUCUCCUUAAAGGGUACUUUUAGAAAAGAACGCUUCUUUUGUAAUCUUCAAGUCAAGAUUGAUGCACCGAAUCUAGAGUCUGUCGAGUAUGGUGGCUGGCUACCGAGUGACUUUCUUAUGGGUAGCUUUCCAUCACUAGUUGAAGCAGAUUUUCUCCAUGCCCGUGAUAACAAAACAAGUACACUGGAUUCUGUAUCUAAGUUUGUAAGACUGUGUUCUAAUAUAAAGCUCUUAAAAGCAUCAUAUAAGUGUAUUAAGAUUUUUGGAGUUGCAAAUGUUCCCUCAACAAGUUUCCCUACCUUUGAUAAUCUGGUGCGUUUGGAGCUGGAUUACGAUUCUCCUCGUGAGCCAACACCUUCAACGAGAUCAUUAUUCAAGUUUCUACAUUUCGCACCAAAUUUGGAAUCACUAGUCAUCCAUCAGUGGAGUAAUCAGAGAGUCAUUGUUUCAUUAGGGAAACUUCAAAUUCUUCCAAUUCCCUUGCAUAACCCAGAAAUUCCUCUUUUCUAUAAAAUUCUUGCUGAUGAGAGAUUCGCAUGGGGAAUAUUUCAACUGAGUGGUGAUGCGAUUAGAAUAGCAUUAGAAUAUUCUCGUCGCGCAGAUGGAUUAGAGUCCUCUUACUCUUAUGAGGUACGAGACAAAUUGUAUCGCGAUAAGGUUAUUGAUUUCACCGAAUAUACUCUUGAUAAUUUCUUCAAUCAUUAUUAUGUUGGGCUUAUGAAAAGCAACUCUACCAAAUGGGCCGUUCGCUUAAGAAGAAAAGACGGCAUUGCUGAAGAUAACAGGAUCAUGCGAGACGUUGACUGGAAUGACAAAUCAAAUAACAGUGCUCGCAGAUCUAAUGAUUCAAGUUGGCUUAAUUGUCCUGCCAUUUUAGAAGGUCCCUACAUUUCUGGUAAAGCUGAGGAUGGUUCUGAUCUUCCUCUUCCCUAUAAUCUUUCUUCUUAUCAACCUUAG